UUCAUCCACUGCUAAGACAAACUGGUGCUCCUUUACUUCAGCACUAAACUGAAGGAUUAUCAUGCGAUUCACCAUGUCUUUAACUACAGCAAGGAUUCUCUUAGCUCUUUUCAUCUCACUUAUUGAGCUCACUUCGGCAGAAAAAGAAAAGAAUGUGUCAAGAAGACCUUUAAGAGUAAAGGCACAGACUUCAGAGGAUAGUCUGUCUCUGCGGUGGAGACACCCCCAUUUGUCUGGCCAAAACAGUUCAGUCGCAGUGAGGGGCUACCGCCUUGGUGUUGGAGAAAGUGGCAGGAAAAUGCACAAUGCACCUCUGCAGCAGGACCAGAGAAAUCAUCAAAUACAGAAGCUUGCUUCUGAGUCCGUGUAUGUGGUAUCGCUGCAGGCACAGCAUGCACAGAAUCCUCCUGUUUAUAAGGCAGUCACGACAAAAAAGAAAGCUUCAGAACCUGAUGAGCUGUACGAGCCUAAGGAUAUUAGUGUUCGAGUAAUAUCCCCUCAGUCUGUAUUUGUCUCCUGGGUGGAUCCUUUAUAUGAAAAACAAAUGAACAGAGACGUCAGCUCAACCAGGCACUACACCAUUCGGUACAGAGAAAAGGGGGAGUCGGCCAGAUGGGAUUACAAACAUGCCACCCAGAGACGAGUGCUAGUGGACAAACUUUCAUCAGACAAUAUGUAUGAAUUUUCUGUUCGAAUUUCACAGGGAAAUAGGGAUGGAAAAUGGAGUGUUUCAGUCUUUCAGAGAACCCCAGAAUCUGCACCCACAGGUUCACCUGAAAAUUUUGAAGUACAGCCACUGAAAGGGAAGGGAACGUCUGUCACUGCAACAUGGGAACCACCUGCAGACACAAAUGAAAAUAUUAGAGAAUACAUUCUUUCAUACGCCCCGGCUCUCAAACCAUUUGGAGCAAAGUCCAUUACCUAUCGUGGGGAUACAACUUCUGCCAUAAUUGAAGGUCUGCAGCCUGGGGACCGGUAUAUUUUCAAAAUUCGUGCAGCAAACAGGAGAGGACAAGGUCCUCAGUCUAAAGCCUUCAGUGUCAAUAUGCCAACAACUAGUACUGUUGUAUCAACUUCACAUCAGCAAUCCAAGAAUCCUGAUUUUGGCAAGAAUGACCAGAGCUCUGUACCACCUUAUAGGACAUCUUUAACAUCUUCAUCCAAGUUGCCUUUAUCUCGUUCUACCUCCAACAUUCAAAAGCUUCCUGCUUCCAAAACACCAAACACGUUUUCACAUGAAGCUGUUAGUGUUAGGUCAGAAUUGGAGACAGAGCUUCAGUCUACUGAGGAACCAGAUGAGUCUGAACUAUAUCCUUCUGAACCUGUUCCUCCCUCGCCAUCGAAAGCCACCACCUUUAACUUAAGGAGAAAAACUCGUCCUCUUUCCCAGACAAGAUCUUACCACAGUAUAUUCUCUUCGGUUAGAUCACCUGUUAGGAUUGGACAAUCAGCCAUCAAACAAGGUCCAGACACAACUACAUCAUCUCCUCAUUUUAAAGACAAUGAGACCAAAGAUUUAAAUGGCAGACAACAUACUUCCUCUUCAAGACAGACAGAUUUGAGUGAGGAUUUAGACAAGGAACUUGAUGAAGAUACUGAGGAGAAACAUGAGGAAGUUGUAAGACAAAAAAAUCCAGUUCAUUCAAAAGCAAAAGAUGAUGGACACAGUGAUUUUGCAAAUAAAAAACAUUCUAGUUUUGUUUUUGAUAAAAGUCCAAAUCAUAAAACUCCUCAUCAAAAUUCCUCAUCUAAAGUUCCAGAAACAUCUUCUGGGUCAUCCCAGCCCAAAUUCUCCAGAGCAUCAGGAAAUAGACCAGUGAUUUCUGUUCACACGUUUCCUAAUUCAGAGACCAAUAAGCCAAGAAGACCAGUAUCCUUUUUCAACAGGAAAUCUGUAUCACCCUCAUUGGUUACUCAUUCUUCCUCAUCAGGUGUGCCCUCCUCCACCUUAUCUGAUAAUAAGGAGUCAGCUGCUUUAAAGAAUGAACAUUCAGCUCGUAGCUUUCCUAAUAAAAAGGAAGCAGACCUUGAUUUGAAAAGUGUCUCAGCUUCCUCUUCUUCCAGAUCCACAAUAUCUAAAUCAGGGACUUCAGGAGGGGCACGGUUACCUGUUUCAUCCAACCGUCAUUUGAGUACUAAUGGCCGCAGAACAGCAGGAACUGGUUCUACCGAUUUUUCAAGUUCUGUCCAUCAAACAGGUGUACCACAUCAACCAGGAUCUAGCAGAGUAGGAGAUGGUCAGCCAAAACCUGGUACUUCUUUAGUCAAAUCUCAGUUUAUUCUGCCCACAACAGCUCGGCCAUCAUCUAGACAGCAGUCGUCUAAACUACUGGAUGAUGAUUAUGAUUAUGAAAGUAGUGAGACAGAAGUUGAGGUGGUGAAACCAGCUAUCUCUUCAACAUCAAACCAUGCUUCGUCAUACUUACCUUCUUCUGCUGUUCCUAAAGGGAGUCCCCAAAACUCACACCUUGGUGUUAGCAGCAGCAAAGGAAUUGAUGAUUCUGUUAAAAAGCAUAGUUUAUCCCCAUCAUCUCGGGUUAACCCUUCUUCAACCAAAUUAGUUCCUUCUGGGCGUAAUCGUUUAUCUUUGAUAACAAACCGUAACCACAGGUUCAGUAUGCCCAGACAGGAAACAAAACUAAGUUCACCUUCUACCCAACAAAACAUAGCAACCCAUUCCGCACGGUCUAGUGGUUCACAGUCACUAACACCAAAACACACACAAUCAGGUUCUGAUGUUUCUGUAGACCAAGAGACUGAUGAAAAAGAAAAAAGACCCAUUUCCUCAUCACCAUCAAAGUAUGGCCAUGGAUCAUCAGGGUCUUCUCAAUCCUCUUUGCCAAACCAUCAUUCAGUUUCAAGUGGCUCCAGAAAGCUUGAUACCUCUUCACACAUCAGUACUUCACCCUCAUCUGCUCAAGGAGGUUCACACACACACACUCCCAGUCUACCAGAGUCUGGAUCAGAGGAUGAUGACUAUGACUAUGAAUAUUAUGGAAGCAAAGAGUUGAAUGAUAAAGCUGAUAAACUUCAUUCAGCUUCUGCAUUGUUGAAAUCUGUGGCACCGGAGCCAAGUACCUCAUCCUCUGUUAAACAGACAAGCUCUAGCAUUACUGGGGACAGAGAGGAAGAUGAUGCAGACAGUAAAUCAAGUUCCCCUUCUGUGCAUUCAUCCGCACAGCUGCCUAAUUCACGCUCAAAUGGAAGGUCCCAUUCCCCUCAACUAACAAACCGUCAAUUUGGCUCUAGGAUUUCCAGCAGGGUGCUACCAUCUCAAAACACAAAGCUGGGUCAGUCUUCUGUCUCGUCAAACUCCCCUUCUACCAGUGCGUCUCAGUCUGCUUCAUCAUCAGAUAGAGGCAUUUCCCGGGUUCCUUCUUCUCAAUUGCCUCGUUCCUCCUCCAGGCAGACCUCUUCUUCCUCUCUACCAUCUGUGCAUUCAUCUCGGCAACCAAUACAAGGGACAAAGACCCGAUACCCUGGCCGAGCGGAUAUUGCUACACGAGAGAAAAGACCUGGCACAUUUGUGAAACCCAGUUAUGAACAAGGUAAAAAUGGUAGACCAAAUUUUACAGAUGCAAAUGGAAAAGUUUCUUCUACACCCGAAGACAAAGUCAAACAAACAGGUCUCAAGUUAAUAAAUGGCCCUCAAGGUGCAAAAUGGAUAGUAGACUUGGACCGUGGGGUGCUAAUGAAUCAGGAAGGAAGAAUUCUUCAAGACUCACAUGGCAAACCUCUUGGAGUACAGCUCGGAUCAGAUGGGCGUACUGUUCUGGAUCACGAAGGAACUCCAUUGUUGAACCCUGAUGGGCUCCCUUUUUUUGGACAUGGGCGUGAUAGCAGGCCUGUGAUUAACCCUAAGGGGAAGUCUGUGUUGACAGUGGGAGGCAAGCCACUGGCUGGUUUGGAGAUCCGCACAACAACAAUACCACCAACAACCACGACCACAACAACCACGACCACAGCAACCACGACCACAACAGCUACUACCACAAAAGCUACCACCACAACAACGACUACUACCACAACUAAUCCUACUACUACUACUACUCCUACUACUACUCCUCCUACUACUACUAUUCCAACUACAAUUGAGAUAACCACAGAGGUUCCUACAACUUCGGCAUUACCUGAAUGUCCUCCAGGCAGCUAUUAUAAAGUAGAUGAAAAUGGAAAACCUGUAUCUGUAGGACAGAAUACAAUGAAUUGCUACCCAGAAGAGGCCCAGACCACUCUCCUUCCAAUAACAGAAGCCCCCACAACUGAACCUGAGGAAGGAUAUCCAGAAACUAGGCCAUUUAACACAGUCCCUUCAUCAGAGUUUGAUAUAGCUGGGAAAAGACGAUUUACAGCUCCAUAUGUGAACUUCAUCCGUAAGGACCCUGGGGCCCCCUGCUCAUUAACUGAGGCAUUGGAAUACCUUCAAGUGGAUAUCAUGGAAGAUCUCAUUUCAAAAGACAGCAAAAAUCAGCCGCCCAAAAAUAAGCCCCACAAUAUCACCGUAGUAGCCAUGGAAGGCUGCCACUCCUUCAUCAUCCUGGACUGGGCACGUCCUGUGAAAGGCGACAUGGUAUCAGGGUAUUUGGUACACAGCGCCUCGUAUGAUGAUAUUUUGAAUAACAGGUGGUCAACCAAAAACUCCAGCGGGACACAUUUACCUGUGGAGAACCUGAAGCCAAACUCAAGGUAUUACUUCAGAGUUCAGGCAAAGAACGUUUUUGGUCUUGGACCUAUCAGUGACACAUUUACAUACGUAACUGAAUCAGAUGACCCACUGCUGAUAGCCAAGCCCCCUGGAGGAGAGCCUAUCUGGAUUCCUUUCUCCUUCAAGUAUACCUCGACCAACAGUGAAUGUGAUGGGAGUCAAUAUGUGAAGCGUACCUGGUACAGAAAAUUUGUUGGUGUUGUCCUUUGCAACUCAUUGCGGUACAAAAUCUUCAUGGGAGACGGGUUGAAAGAUACAUUCUACAGCAUUGGCGAUACCUAUGGUCGAGGUGAAGAUCACUGUCAGUUUGUAGAUUCACACAUGGAGGGAAGGACAGGGCCUCGUUAUACUUUAAAUUCACUGCCUACUAUCCCAGGUUUUUACCGUGCUUAUCGACAGGAGCCGGUGCAGUUUGGACUUAUUGGCAGCAGAACAUCUCAUUACUAUGUGGGCUGGUACGAGUGUGGAGUACCUAUUCCAGGGAAGUGGUAAUGGUGAUUCAAACCCAAAGAUGAUGUUCUGAAAGAAAAUCGCCCAAAAUCUUCCUUUUCUGAACUAAGAAAGCACAAUGAGCACUAAUGCCUUAAAUGUAAAAUUUACACAUUUCUAUGAGAGAAAAUAAUUGAAACCCAUGCAUUGGAAUGUAUUUUAUUAUGUGUUUUGUGGAAGCAGGUUAAAUGUGAUGGCAUCAGUUGAUAUACUUUUCUUCAACUGACAAAAGCAUACUGCAAUCAAAAAUGUGUACUCUGGCCUUUGUUACACACGAGUCUGCAAUAAUAAUUCAGAUUUACCUACCCAGUGGAUUUAUUGUUAAACAUGUGCUCAAUAAGAAUAUAUGAGCAUACAUCAGAUUGAAUUAAAAAGGUUGUUAUCCUACUGAAGGAUUAUGUACUAUUGUAUUAUUCAAAAACAACACAUUCAGAAUGGUUUUCAAAAGGGGCAGAGGGAAAAACAGGUCGCAAAACACCUUGCGACUCCCGGUAAGUGGCAAAAUGUAUUUUAAAAAGUUGUAUAAGUCAGUGGCGCAAUGGAAGCAAUUAAAAUUCAUAAUGGGUUCUAUUUUGCAAAUAACACCUUAUUUCCAAAAGGUUCAAAACACCAAAAUACACCCGAUAAUUAAGAAAUGCCCCCCUCUCGUGUCUCAAACUGCGACCGUUGACAGUGCUACUGAGCUGUAAGUAAUAAUGGAGGAUAUCGAAGUGCUUCCAAUUCUUUGACUGCAGCAAGAGAGGGAAGGGAUGAGGAAAAAACGACCCUACACUAAACCCAGAAUAUUUUGUCCCCGUCAGACAUUUCUAGAUCCAACUAUAAAACAAGUUAUGCGUAGAUACAGGUUGCAUAUAGACACUACAACAGAGCUGUGUGAUCUGCUUAAGUUUGAUUUAGAAUCACAAACAGCCUGCAGUCAUGCUAUACCUGUACCUGUAAAGGUUACAGUAGCCCUUCAUUUUCAGGCAACGGGUGCCAUCCAGACAACAGCUGGGGAUAGAUCAGCAGGGAUCUGUCAGUUUUCUAUGUCAAAGAUACUGACUGAUGUCACAGAUGCACUUUUCCAUAGGGCAAGGGUAUAUACUAUUUCCAGUUGGGGACGUGGAACAAAAUAGAACCAAACACAAAUAUUAUCAGUUGCCUGGCUUCCCAAACGUCCUAAUCUUUUUUCCAAUUGUUGCGACUACAUGUGCGUUGCUUCUUUCCUUUCUAGUUAAAUGCAAGUCCAGACUAUUGAAAUGUGACUAAUUGGCUUGUUAAUGAACCUGAAAAUCAAUUGUCGUUUCAAUUAAAUCACUCAUAAGCAGGAGUCACAAAGGGCAUGGCGAGUAGGAGAAAUUAACCUGCCCCUGUUGAAAAUCGAGACGUAUAAUUAGGUGGCAAAAAAACUUGCAGUGCAAAUGCAUUGUGACCUCUAUUUUCUAAAAUGCACCUUGUAAAAAUCAGGCUGAUUAUCUUCAAAGACACUGAUACUGACUUUACUUAUUACAAUGUAUAGUAAAAGAUUUAUGACGUGCAAUUGUUUGCUACUUUUACUUAAAAUAUAUCUAUUAUCUGCACAAAAAGAUGUUUAAAAUGAACAGAUUUUCCUAUGGAUCAUUAUGUUAUGGAAAUGUUAAACUGGGCUGGGAGUUAUUUAAUUGUCACUAUAAGGUCAGGGAUGUGGGUAUAGCCUAGGUAGCUCAAGAAAGAAAGAAUUGCAAUGAGGUGCUAUAGAAACCACUACAGAUGAGAGCUACCGUAUACAUAGUCAAGCAUCCAUUGAAAGAUCUCAGCUUUCUGCUCAUUUUUUUUUUUUUUAAAUCAACAUGAAACACAAAUCUAACUGCAUUCAGGCAACGACCCAAGUCACACUUAACUACACUUUGGAUCUUUAGAUUCAAACACUGCCCUAAUCUCCAGAAAUUAAGACACGGUUUAUGUUAGUUAUAUUACAGAAAUGUAUGUUAUUUAUUCUAACUACAUUAAACAACAUAUAGCAAUAUAUUUGUCAUAGUACUUCUAUUUUUGAGAUCACACAAAAUAAAACAGCGGAUGUUUUUUCAAUGGUUACAAUUCUUGGGUGCUUCAGUGGAUUUUUUAAAAACAUUUCUCUUGAUGUUGGAAUUUGCACUAAAAAGCAUUAUCAGAAAUAUGCUGUGAUGGUUUCCCUGGGGGACUACCAAUGUACCUGUAAAACGAAAAGUACAGGCAUGUUUAUAUAAUGUUUGCAACCAGCAGUACUGUAUGCAAGGUAUGUAACUAUUACUGUAUCAUUUUUGUAUCAUUAUUUCACGCCUCCAGUGCUAACAUUAAACUUUUAUUUCAUUUUAAAAUUCA